AUGGAUCGUUCGACCGAAAAAUUGGGUACAAUCGGCCCGCUGACCGGUCAAGGCUACCGUACUUGGUCGAAAAAGAUGAAGAGAGUGCUGAUGUCAAAAGGGCUGUGGCCCAUUGUCGAAAGAGGCUACAAAAAGCUCCAAAACGAGUGGCUCGACUCCCGAGAAACCGAAAAACUGAACAAACUCAUGAAGAACGAUUCGAAUGCUCUGAGCCUCAUUCGGCAGUCUCUCGCGCCCCAAAUUUUGACGCUGGUUGUUGAUGCCGACACAGCCAAGGAAACCUGGGACAAACUCCGUGACCUGUUUAGGAAAAAGGCCAAAGCCGAGUUACUAAAUUUACCUCUUUUCACCGGUGAAUCCGUGAAACAUGCAAAGCCCUCCGGUGAAUCCUUCGCCGGAGAGGACGCUAAUGGAACGCCUCUUUCGGGAGAUAAACCGUUCUUCGACCUUUGUCUCGUCAAAUCGGCAGUUCAACCUACUUGCCGUCUGACCUUUCCGAACGAUGUGGGUCAAAUGUUGCCUACGAGCUGUAUCACGUCAAAUGUGAAGUGUUUGGGGAAGGUCUAUAAGAUAAACUUCAAUGGGGAUGGGAGGCAAAAAUGUUUGAGAUCUGGAUGGAGGCAGGUGGUGACUGAACAUGGUCUGUCGGAGGGCGAUUUUGUCGUGUUUGAAAUAGUCGAGUGCAGCAGUUUGCGGCUCGACAUCAACCUUCAGGUGCUGAGGAACAUCAUUCCAACAGAAUUGGAGGACGAGAUUCGAAGGAGGGAGGCUCAGGUUGUUGAACUCGAUUGA